UUUAUUAUACUACAUUUCUUCUCCUGAGUCCUCACCGCCUCCGCUUUAUAUACAUCCCACGCUCACCUGCCAUUCCUUCUGAUCACCAUUAAUGCUAUCUCACGACCAAACACGCCUUUAAGACGAUUGGAGCAAAAUUCUCCAUUGUUUCCGAUGACCAAGAAGAUGAAGCUCCCUUCCAUUUUCAAGAACAAAGCAGUAGAUCAGCUGCACAUGAUGAAUGCAGCUUGGCAAUGGCCAUCUUGCGGCCAUGCUACCAAGACUCUGUCUUUCCGAGCAGACGCCGGAGCCGGAGCCGGAGCCGUGAUGUUCAAGACCGUCAAUUCCGUCUACCUGGACCCCUCCUCCGUCGACGACGGCGGCGUCGAGACCCCGGACUCCUGGUUCACCAACACCUCCGAAUCCGCCAGCUUCUCGACGGAGUCCGACGACGAGCGGAUCAUCGUCACCGGGGUCAGGUCCGACCGCCUGUUCUUCGACCGCGCCGAGAACAACACCAGCUCCUCCAUCGCCGCCGCCGCCGCCGCCACGGCGGCGGCGGCAACCCCGCCGGAAAAUCAAGAAAAUCUGGGGGAAGAAGCGCCGUUUGCGGCGAGCGUGGUGAUGACCAUGGAAUCCGCCGACCCGUACGCGGAUUUCAAGAAAUCCAUGGAGGAAAUGGUGGAGAGCCAGGGGAUGAGAGAUUGGGAAUCGUUGCAGGAGCUUCUGGGCUGGUACUUGAAGAUGAACGCCAAGGUCAACCAUGGCUUCAUCCUUGGGGCUUUUGUGGAUUUGCUCAUUCAUCUAACCUCAUCUUCUUCUUCAUCUUCUUCAUCCCCCAAAACCUGCCAUCAUUAUCCAUCCAACCAUGUCAGCACUUCAUAUUCAUCUGCACUCUCUACUCUCUCAUCUCCACCCACUUCUCCUCUCUCAUCCUUAGAUCUCAAGGAGAUUCAUGAACAAGGAUAGGAUCAGAUCAAUAAUGUAUUCUAGUCUUUUUGUAUAUUCCUCUUAGGUACUAUUACUAAGGUGAAUGAGGAGGAUAAAUGUCCCAUUCUUUUUUUUUUUUUUUUACUGGUCACUAUUUAAGAGUGUGAAAUGGUCGAAUCUUGUCUUGUGAUUCUAGUUGAUAAAAGAAUCACAAUGAAGUAAAUCAGUCUAAUUAUUCAUAGUUGACCAGCUCAAAUCAAGAAAAUUAGAAUUCAAAAUCGCAACUCGUGGUUAAAAUUUGUAUCCUAAAGUCGGACAUUUUUUUUGUUACUAUGUUUUUGGGGUCAGCACAAGGAGAAGCAGACCAAUUUCAUCUCGAC